AUCUUAAUUUUAAGCAACCCGCGAUUGAAAGUAAUGGAGGUAUUUUAAAAAUUUGCGAUUUUAUAUUGAUCAUGUAACAUUAAGAAACUAUCAAGAAGUAUUGGUAACUCGUAUGGCUGUAAAAUAAAAAAAGAUGGAACUUUUAAAAAGAUUCCAAAACCACAAUCUUAAAGUAUUGAAGACUAUUGGAAAAGGCACCUAUGGGCCAUUUUAUUACAGAAAUGUGUAUUUGUGUGAAAACCAAGAAGACACGCAUACGAUAGUAAAAGACAUUGAAUUAAACAUCAAGUUACAAGAUCAUAAACAGGACAUAGCAAAUGAAAUAAAAAUACUCUCGAAACUAAAUCACCCUAAUAUAAUAAAAUUUUACAACUGUUACUAUAUUGAUAAUCAUGUCAUGAUAUCUAUGGAAUAUGCCACUAGCGGGAAUCUAGCUGAAUAUAUGUAUCGGCGAUGUCCCAAGCUAAUAGAUCAGAAGGAAAUACUGUUUUUCUUUUGUCAAGUGUUGCUUGGAGUUAAUUAUAUACACAAAUUGGACAUUAUACAUAGAGAUUUGAAAGCAGAAAACAUACUUUUAACUGGAAAAAAUGGCGUCCUUGUGAAAAUUGGCGACUUUGGUGUAUCUAAAAUGCUGGCUAGCGCAAAGAAAACUUCGACGGUUAUCGGUACACCUUAUUAUUUAGCACCAGAGUUGUGCGAAGGAAAUCCAUAUGAUACAAAAAGCGAUGUCUGGGCCUUGGGAUGUUUAUUAUAUGAAAUGUGCACGCAUAAAAGAGCUUUUGAGUCAGAGACAUUGGUAGGACUGGUGAGGGCAAUAACAAGUGGUAACGUGCAUCCAAUUGACUCUACGGUUUAUGAUCGAGGCAUACAGGACCUCGUGGAUUCGAUGUUAUCAGUUCUGCCCGAUAAAAGACCUUCUAUCGAAAAGUUAAUGGGGAAAUCGAUACUUUUACCAAUGAUUUAUAAUGUAUUUUUGGAUGCCGGUGAUGAUGAAAUGUUAAAUUUAAAAUAUAAGAAUCUAUUUUAAGAAUGUAAUAAAAUUAGUCUAAAAUGGAAUUCGGAAUAAAUUGGGAAUCUCUGUGUGUAA